AUGGUGCGCUGCGGUUGCGUGUUGUUCCGAAAGUAUGGAAACUUCAUUGAUAACGUAAGAGUCUUCACCAAGGGAGGAAGUGGUGGAAUGGGCUAUCCUCGAUUAGGUGGAGAAGGUGGAAAAGGUGGUGACGUCUGGGUUGUAGCUGAAAAAAAUAUGACUUUAAAACAACUUAAAGACAAAUAUCCUCAGAAAAGAUUUGUGGCUGGAGGAGGAGCGAACAGUCGGGUUAGUGCACUGAAAGGCUCCAAAGGAAAAGAUUGUGAAAUUCCUGCACCUAUAGGCAUUUCAGUAACUGAUGAAAAUGGAAAAAUUAUAGGAGAACUCAAUAAAGAGAAGGACAGAAUUUUGGUAGCUGAAGGAGGUCUUGGUGGCAAAUUACUUACAAAUUUCUUACCAUUGAAAGGGCAGAAACGGAUAAUUCACCUUGAUCUAAAACUUAUAGCUGAUGUAGGCCUCGUAGGAUUUCCAAAUGCUGGAAAAUCUUCUUUGCUAAGUCAGGUUUCUCAUGCAAAACCUGUGAUUGCAGAUUAUGCAUUUACAACAGUAAAGCCUGAACUUGGAAAGAUUAUGUACAGUGAUUUCAAACAGAUAUCUGUAGCUGAUCUUCCAGGCUUGAUAGAAGGAGCACAUAUGAACAAAGGAAUGGGCCACAAAUUCCUGAAGCAUAUAGAAAGAACUAAACAGCUACUUUUUGUUGUUGAUAUUUCUGGAUUUCAGCUUUCUCCUCAAACUCAAUACAGAACUGCCUUUGAAACAGUAAUACUUCUUACAAAAGAGUUGGAGUUGUACGAAGAGGAACUUCAAACAAAACCUGCACUUCUGGCAGUUAAUAAAAUGGAUUUGCCAGAUGCCCAAGAUAGAUUCCAUGAACUGAUGAACCAACUCCAGAAUCCUAAAGAUUUCCUGCACUUGUUUGACAAAAACAGGAUUCCAAAGAAGACUAUGGAGUUCCAGCAUGUCAUUCCAAUCUCUGCAAUUACUGGAAAAGGAAUUGAAGAAUUAAAGAACUAUAUAAGAAAAUCACUGGAUGAACAAGCCAACCAGGAAAAUGAUGCCUACCUUAAAAAACAGUUGCUUAACUUAAGAAUAUCUAAUACAGCAUCUUAUAGUGAGCCACCGUCAAAUCAUGUUAUUAGUAUUUCCUGA